UUAUGAUAAGGUAACACGUUUUUUAAAACUUUGCACAACCUUAGCAUAAGAACUCUAUAAAAGGGUUAAUCAAUGGAUCUACAGUAAUCAUCCCAGCUAAACACAAAAAGCACAUUAUGAGUUCCAAAAUGCAAACACUGAUCCUUUUGUUAGUCUUAACAAUAUCCUCAUUCACUGUCAAAGCAUCAUCAAGUGAUGAUGCCGGCAUUGCCAUCUACUGGGGUCAAAACAAUGGAGAUGGCACACUGUCAUCAACAUGUGACACUGGUAACUACAAGAUUGUGCUCUUAGCUUUCCUCAAUGUCUUUGGAUCAGGAAGACCUCCAAGUUGGAACUUUGCCGGUCAUUGCGGUGACUGGAGUCCAUGCACAAAACUCGAACCCGAAAUAACAUAUUGUCAACAAAAGGGCAUCAAAGUUUUACUUUCCCUUGGAGGUGCUAUUGGACCCUACUCUCUUAGCUCACCAAAUGAUGCUAAAGAAGUUAGUGAUUAUCUCUAUGCUAACUUCCUUAGUGGUCGAUUGGGUCCACUUGGACGUGUUACCUUAGACGGUAUUGAUUUUGAUAUUGAAGGAGGUACAAAUCUUUAUUGGGAUGACCUUGCUAGAAAUCUUGACAACAUAAGACAACAAAACAGGUACUUUUACUUGUCUGCUGCCCCACAAUGUUUUCUACCAGAUUACUAUCUAGACAAAGCUAUCAGAACUGGCUUGUUUGAUUAUAUAUUUGUUCAAUUCUACAACAACCCUCCAUGUCAGUUUGAUAGUGCGAGAUCUGAUGCUACAUUGCUGUUACGAUCAUGGCAUGAUUGGACAUCGUUGGUUCUACCAAAUAAUACUGUUUUCUUGGGAUUACCAGCAUCACCUAGUGCAGCUCCAAGUGGUGGUUAUAUAACACCAGACGAACUCAUUACUAAGGUUCUUCCUUUCAUUAAAGAUACUCCAAAUUAUGGAGGAGUUAUGCUUUGGGACAGGUUUAAUGAUGUUACAAAUGAUUACAGCAAUCGGAUAAAAAAGUAUGUUCAAAAAUCUGCUCUUCGAUUUGUGACACAAGUUUCCGAAGCAAUAGCCGAAUCUGUCUCGGCAGCUUUGAAUGCCGUGUUACAGAAUUAAACAAUAAUGAAUGUAUGUGUAAUGAAUAAGAGUGAACUUUGAUCCUCUACAGCCAACUUUAUGAUGGCUGUAUACCAGAAUAAGAGAGAAAAAUGUCGAUACUUAUUAUGUUUAAGUAUCUUUAGACAUGUCAUCCAUCUAUCCAUCUAGUUACUCUUUGAUUUUCUUGGUGUUCAUGUAACCUAAGGGAACCAAAGCAUCUUAUCCUAUCUUAUUAUGUUUAUGUAUUAAAUUUGGCUUUGAUAUUUAAAUAAUCUUCACUUACGUGUUUCCAA